AUGGAAGAGGCAACGGAGGUGUCUGCCACCCUGUGCGCCCUCGACGUGUCUGAAGUGGCCCAGACCUGGUGGAGUGAAGUGAGCGCCUUUAAGAAGGAGAACUUGAAGCAGGACAACGCGAGAGUACGAAGCCUCAUGAAGCGCAUCCUCGUUGAAGACGAGGAGCCCGUCGUCGGCCUCAUCGCGCACUCGAUUCUCUUCAAGAGGAUCCUUCAACUUUUUUGGCCCCAAGAUGCCACCCGCCAG